GUUGACAAUUUGAGCUUGCUUGUUACUUCAUUUCCGGACUGCGAUUACACUUGGUCGCAGUUUGGUGUUGUGUUUUAGCGUGUCACUCCAGCAACAAAACAACCUGCAAAAAAGAGUAAGAGGAAGGUGUCCAAGAUAAAGUCAACAACAUAUGAAGAGUACAAACUGUAUUAUGUACCAAAUCCCAAUGCCAAGAAACAAGCGGCAGAGGGGAAGGUAGUGAAGAAGGAGUUGAGGAAGGCAAGAUGCUUGUUUUGCAAAAGAGCUAGCUGCCGAUCCACGCAAUAAUGGUACUUCUGCUCUUCGUACAAAUACUAUUUCUUGUAGAAGAAAAAGGGUAGAGCAAGGUGGUCAAAUUCAAUUAAGCUUACAACCAAUUGUUUUGAAAUGAUCAGCUAUAAGAAGUAGAUGUUGUUUCCUAUGCAGAUGCAGGGGCUUGGUGGAAGUGUAAAAUUCCACACAGUAGCUGCUGUUUUUUUUAUGAGUUUUUUCGGUUAAUUUUGCGGUUAGUUUGCGAUUUUUUGCUUAACCACGGUUAGGUACACAGAUGCGGUUGAUGCGGUUUUUACCUCCAGUAACCGCGGUGCACCGUUCACCGCGUUUUGCAGUUAUUGGUUAACUGCUAACCGUGCCGGACGCGGUCGCGGUUGGUCAAUAUGGGUAUUUUGCGGUUGCAGUUAACCGCAACCGUAUCGUUUCCCACCCCUACUCCAAAGGAGCAUGUUCAGAAGUUCAUCGAACUUGCGGGGAGUUUGAAGAUCAAUAGUGUUCCCGAGGAUGCUUUGAAGUUGAGGCUGUUCCCCUACUCUCUUGCGGGGAAUGCGUCUCGGUGGCUCAACUAUAGACCGACCCUCUCAAUCACCUCGUGGGAUGACAUGCUCGACAAGUUUAUGACUCGGUAUUGCCCACCUUCAAAGACAAUGAAGUGGCGCAAGAAGAUCACCCAUUUUAACUCAAAGCACGUAUUGCUUAAAUGAACAAAUAAAAACAAUUGGAUUAGUGCUCCAUGUUCUCUUGAGAAAUUAUCGAAUAAUAAGUCAAUGUGAUCUUAUAAAUAAAUUGAUACUUAAUAGACCACAAAAUUUUUAAAAGUGAAUUAAGACAAUUAUUUUUUUAACACCCUACAGAGAGUCAAGCGCUGAAAUCGAACCCAUUACACCCUACAGGAAACAAAGAUAGGGCCUUUUUAGCCACACAAUGCGCUACCCUAUUGCUCUGCCUGCCAACAAACUGAAAUCUUUCGAAUGCAGAUGCCAUUGCUCUACCUUAUUGCUCUGCUGGCUUCACGACUAGGCACUGUGGAGGAAGCUGGGAUGUAUGCAGUCUGGCAGUCGCCAGGAUGUGUAUUCAAGGCUAGAAUUUUGAUCGAUGUCUCCGCUCCACUUCACCACAAGCUGGAAGCAAGGAAACGGAGCGCUGAUGGAUCGGUAGGCGAGACCUUCCGGCUAAAACUUAAGUACGAAAACCUCAAAGUGGUAUGCUUCAGAUGCAGAAGAAUUGGGCAUAACCAGGAGAGCUGCUCUUUCGACCUGAUCACCAGAGACGACGGCUUUGGCCCGGAAAUCUUUGGAAAGCGAACCGAAUCCAAAUUAUUCAUACGCCUCGGCGAAAAUGGAGAAGAAGAACUGGACGAGUAAUGUAUGGAGGAACGACGUCGGACCUGCUGCUCCGCCACAGCAUAAACCGCUCCUCCUUGACGGACCAAGUCGCCGUCAGUCAUCUAAUCGCCAAUGAAGGAAGUCAGGGAACCCAACUUCUCACUCUUCUGUGAGAUCUCAGGGGAGAAAUUCUCACCAAGUCAGCGACCCCAACCCUAUCUCCUGCUCUCAAUCUUAUCCUCUCACCAAGCCCUGUUUUGAAGCUAAUGGGCUGAGUCUUAAGUCAAGAAAUCUGGGUGAAGGGC